AUGGCUGUUGAGAACGUUGUCAAAGCCUGGAUCCCGGAAAAGACCUGGUGGGAUAUCGAGAAGCAGUAUGACUGGGCGUAUAAGCAAAUCUUCAACAACAAGAAGGUUACCAACGCGGUGUUCAAUCGCGCCCUUCGAUUGUCCAGGAUUGCCAAACCCAGCGAUUCCAGUAUCAAAUUUACAAAGGGGGCCAAGCAGCUGCUCAUCCCAACCUUCCUCAUCAACGACAGUAACCUAGAUUUCAAGGUCGAUUGCAGAAUGGAUUGGAAGCGGCUCCCUGAUAACACGGUCGUCGACUACCGAGGCUGGACUAAAAAUGUCAUCGGGAUCCCACAGUGA